AUGCCUGGUAGCGCUCCGGUCCCCCCGUCCCCCAGGAGUUCAUCACUGCUGCAUUCUGCUUCGCCGCAGAAACUUAGCCCAAGCCUUGGGAACAGCACCAUUCAGCAAGAACUCCAGCUUUUAUUUGCAGAACUGAGAGAUUGUGAAAAGGAGCACAAUGACAGGGUGGCAGUGCAUCAGGGACAGCGGCUGGCCUGGGAAGAUGAUCGGCAGAAAGUACUGACAUUAGGAGAACGAUAUAACUUAUUAAACGAUGAGCUGAACAAGAGAAAUGAAAUUAUAAAAUCACUGGUGCUGACACAACAGGUGUUUAAGGAGAUGUCUCGAAAAGUAACAUAUAAAACUCUUUACUGUCAGGCUCUGGAGGAGAAAAAUCAAAGUCUCCUCUACUCAGUUUUGGAACUGUCUGCUAAAACAGGCCAGCUGCAAGUGAGGGAACAGGAGCUUCUUACUAUGCUUAAGCUGAAGGAUGAGGUCAUACUUGAAACAACCGAUGACAUUACCGAGUUUAAAUUGAAAUUCAAAGAGCUGGAAAGUGCAUUGCGUGAAGCCAAGAUGGAGGAACUCAGUCUCAACAAAGCAAACCAAGACCUCCAGCUGAGACUUAAAGAACUAGUACUUGAAACAAAUAAGCUGAAAGAUGACCUCUGUGAAAAGGUGAAAGAAAAUAAUAACCAGCAGGAAGAAAUCAUUCACCUCAAACAAGAAAAUGACUGCUUGAGGAAUGAGCUCGCACUUACUGUUGAGAAAGCAAAGUUAAAGGAUCAACUCCUUCAGUUUGCCAAGUCUAAACAAGCACGGACUGACGCAGAGCUAUCAAGUUUGCGACAGAUCUACGUGAAACAGCAGCGUGACUUGCAAUUUCUUCAUGUCAGUUUGGGGAGCUCUCAGGAAUUAAGGCAAAAGCAUGAAAAGGCAGCUCAUGAAAGGAGCACAGGUAUGGCAUUCUCUGCCCCUGAAAGUAACAGCGAGACAGACACAGUUAGGACUCAGGGCACCCACGGGAUACGCGAGGACUGUGGAACUGCACAAGUUCCAAAAAGCAGAGUAAAAACCACCUCUGAGAUGUGUGGAGUAGAUAAUGGUCUGUUACUGAAUGCAUCAGCCUUGGAGGAAACUACCUCAGCGUACUUAAACCCGCAUCAAAAAGUUGUGAAAGUCUUGGCUGUCCUUACGGAAGAAGAAAAGCCGGAUGUUGCGUCAAGCUCUAAUGAGCUAGGCAGCAGAGUAUUUUGUGAGGCAAUCAGCACAAAGCCAUUGAGAAACAGGGAAAUUUCUGAGAACAGAGUGGAAAGCAGAGACCAACAAACCUUUGAGUCAUCUUUACCUGAGUGUGAGCAUUGGUUCAACACCGGUUCUUGUGUAGAUUUGCAAAGUACUUUGGCCCAGAACACCACCAUGUCUGACAAAACUGAUACUGAAAAUAAAACCUGGGAAGAGAGAACUGGAAGGCUGUUUGACCAAACAAGCAGAGAGAUUCCUGAACACAGGUCUGAAUCUGAUUCCUGUAGUAAUAACUUCAUCGUCAAAGAAGAUGCGUGGAGGAAGCCAAUAUCAGAUCCAGAAUGGCUGGAGAUUUUCAAACCCAUAAAAAGGCAUGAAAGAAUAUGGCAUGGAAAAGGUUGCAGCUGCCUCAAGACUUCACAGGAGAUGAAAUGUGCCAGCUCAAAAAGUGAAGAAAAUGUGGAUCUGAGUUUGUUUCACUUGCAUUCGCCCUGUUUGACAUCCACCCAGAAAGGAGACAGGUCUCAAAGAUGUGAGGAAUUCUCUGAUGAAGACUUCCCUCUGGAGAGCAAUGACCUUUCAGUGACUAAGCCAACAAAUAGAUGCUGCAAUGCUACCACAGACCAAGACACCGUUUCCCCCACAAGUACGCUGCAGUGUGCACUGGCCGAGUCUCGACAGAUGGUUGCUGAUCUGGAGCUUAGCGCUCUCCUCCACGCGAGCCCUCGCUGCAGUCCACACAGCAUCCACGUUAACACGACAACAGAACUUGCAGAAGCUCUUCACAGAACCCAGUUAUCUGCUGCAGAAGAAAGAGAUGCUGAGCUCCCAUUCUUUUCUCUAUGA